AUGGUUCAGUCGUCUGAUAAUAACGCGUUGGCAAUCAUUUCUAGUAUUAAAAGAAGAAAGACUUCAAUUACAGGUUGUCUAGCAUUAUUAUUCUUUAUUAGUAGUAUUGUCUUGGCGAUAUUGUAUGCAAUUGAACUUAGUGAAGAAAAUAACUAUACUACAGCACAAUGUUACGUGACAUCCAUAACGAUCAGUUCAAUUUCUGGAUCUGAUGAUAGUAGAUACUAUCGAGCAGUAUAUAAUGUAAUACUUUAUAAAAAUGAUGGAAUAAAUAUAACAACAGCAAUAUGGUUACCAGUAACUGAUAAUGCAGCACUUAUCGUGAAUAAUCCAUCUCAGAAGUAUCAACCUAAUCGAAUUUAUGCGUGUUACUAUGAACCUUCUCAUUGGAAUCCAGGUGAGGUUCAGUUUAAUCAACCAUCAAAACCAACAGCUAUUGGCAUUCUUUGUGGUUUUAUAAUAUGUUUCUUAUUGAGUAUUAUCAUAUGUUGUUUACAAUUAUAUUUUCGGGUACUAUAUAACAGAAAAACCGAUCAACAAAAUAACGGAAAUAUUCCUGUGAACGUUAAUGACAUGGCAAUAGUAUCAUCAUUAUCAGGGCAGGAUCUUUUCCAUUCUACUAUUCCUGGUUCAAGUACAAGAUAUCCAGCAAUGAUAGGGUUAGAAGAAGAACAAAUAUACGUAAACAGCUUUUCUCCACCUACUUAUGACGAAGUAAUGCAACAAAUGGAUCCGGCACUUUUAAAAAAUAGUGUAGACAAUGUUUUCAAUAAAUGA